CCUCAGAGUAAAAGGCAUAUAAUAGGUGAUCUUAUUGCUGAAGUCGAGGAUGCCCUUUUGGCUAGCAUUGAUGCACAAGUUGAUUUUAUCAAAGGGGAUCAGUCAUUAGAUCUUGUUGAAACAAUUGGUCAACAUAAAGAAG